UCUCGCGUAUUGUCUUACGGUUCUCACGCGUUGUGGCACUUUUCCCGACCUUAUUUACUUGUACGUUACUGCUGGUGUAGCGGUGACCGCUGGAGAUACAGUUAGGAGUCGUGCCUCGUGAUCCACUGACUCGCCUAGUUAUCAUUGAUUUUCGUUAAAUUGCUGGUUGCUGCGAUAUAAUCGCAGCUCCAGUUAGUUUAGAUAAAAAAAAUCAGUUUGUGUAUCUAUCAUAAAUUAGUGAGUUUUUGUGCUAGUGUAUUAUGGGACAGUUAAAGAUCUCACACGUCUCCUGCCAGCAGGAGGUAGUGCCGAGAGUCUAGUGAUGUUCUCUGCUUUAACAUAUCAAUUAUCCACAACAUUCCUUGAAGAACAGAAAAAGUGUGAGGGUCUCGUGGCAGCCGCCAAUAUGUCGAAGAAGCCGGCCACGCAGCCGACGCUGCACAAGGUGAUCAUGGUGGGGUCCGGCGGCGUGGGCAAGUCGGCGCUCACGCUGCAGUUCAUGUACGACGAGUUCGUCGAAGAUUACGAGCCCACCAAGGCGGACAGCUACCGCAAGAAGGUGGUGCUAGACGGCGAGGAGGUGCAGAUCGACAUCCUGGACACGGCCGGCCAGGAGGACUACGCCGCCAUCCGGGACAACUACUUCCGCUCCGGCGAGGGCUUCCUCUGUGUCUUCUCCAUCACCGAGCCGGAGAGCUUCGACGCCACGCAAGAGUUCAGGGAGCAGAUCCUGCGCGUGAAGAACGACGAGAACAUUCCGUUCCUGCUGGUGGGCAACAAGUCGGACCUGGCGGACAAGCGGCGCGUGCCGCUGGACGCGUGCCGCGAGCGCGCGCAGCACUGGCAGGUGCCGUACGUGGAGACCAGCGCCAAGACGCGCGACAACGUCGACAAGGUGUUCUUCGACCUGAUGCGCGAGAUCCGCUCGCGCAAGUCGGACGACAGCCGCGCCACCAACGGCGACGUCAAGGGCAAGAAGCGCAGGAAAAUCAAGUGCGCCAUAUUGUAGGCCUCGCCGCCCGCCCGCCGCCCGCUCGCCGCCCGCCCGCCGACCGCUCGCCGCCCGCCCGCCGACUGCUCGCGCGGCCCGCCAGCGGGUAACUUGCACGAUUGGCCGUUUGAGAACAGGAUUCAGUUUUGUCGGUCGACACGUGUGAUGUCGGCACGCAGCAUCUGAUAUGAACAUUUUAUCCGCCGCCGAUAACCGUGAAGUGAACAGUGAGUGGGCACCGUGCGGUUGUAGUGAUCCGAGCGGCCUCCGCCAGGGCGCGCUCGCGUGCAGUGUCGCGGCGUGAUCGUGUACGAGCCGCUCUAUCGCUCACUCGAACUCAAUUUACACGGAAUAGUGUUUAUUAUGGAACGUUGGGUUAAUACCGUCGCAGUCGCCGGUGACGCGGCGCACCACACUCUUGUAGUUUGUAAGCGACGGCUCUGUAUAAACUGUGCUACUUUGUACGCCCAUUACGGUGCUGGCAUUCCUCUGGGCGCUGCUCGUGAUGAAACAGACGGCGUUGUCUCACUCACUGCUGUUGACUGAGCAAUCAAUACGGUGUUUCAUUACGUGCAGUGUCCUAAUUAUUGCUUUGUUUGCUUGCAUGUUAUUCAUCUAAUUGUUGUAUUCUCUAUAAGAAAUGUAAACUAAAUGUAAAUGUGUGCGGACAUCAGUACAGUACAUGUUGGAAUUUUGGAACAAUGCAAAGUGUUGUAACCCCGUGUGGUUUCAACGUGUCUGUGCGCUGUGCGUCCGCCCACGGACGGGCCUCGCGUCGCUCGCACGCACUCACCGACGGCGUAGUGUAAGGUUUUGUAUUUAUUUUUGUAUGAUAAGUGCUAAAUGUGUCACGUAACGUGUAUGUUGAUUGGGCAUUCGUAAUUUGUAAUGAGGCGCGCGUACACACUCCGCAUACACGACGGGAGUUAUUUUAAAUAACAUUUCAGUAUUUCUAAUACAAUGUGUAAUUUGGCCCAGUUGGGCUUUUGUGGUAUGAAUCUCAUGUACAGUCAUAUAUGUAAAUAAUAAUUGUGAAUUGCAGUCGAUGUUCUGUUUGAAAUGUUGUCGAUACCGUGCAGUGUGUGCGCGCGCGCCGUAGUCUGUGGACGUGUGCACCGCUCGUGGAAUGGUCUGUGUCGUACUCGGUGUCGCUUCGUCACGGCCGCGCCGGCCGCCUGCAGCGCUGUCACGUCACGCGCGUCGUAAAUCACAACUCGGCUCUUAAAGACAAGUGGCAAAUAAAAACAAUUGAUAUAUAUGUUAUCGCUACCGCGUACAUGAGAUAGAACGGGAUGGCGACAUUUUGCGUCUAGUUCUCUCUCGAGUGUAUGACUAUCUGUCGAUAGAUCGUUUGCCCCUUAUCUUAUGGGGGGCUAGAUGACAGCCAGGCAGCGCUGGACGCGACGGUCGUCUUUCCAUAUUCGUCACAAUUUUUGUAUUGCUCGUAUGCGGACACCUUGUAAUUCUUUAUUCACAAUAUAUGUAGUAUGUAUCAAGUUAUUAUUACGGUGAAAUAUAUUCAAUUCGUGCAUUUGAAUACAGUGUUGACAGUGCAGCUGUCAAUGUGACUGAUCUGUCAGAUAUUAAUAUGUAAUAGUUGUCACAUGUGCGUACUCAUAACUAUGGACAGUCUAUAUAAAACGAGGAAUACUCGAUUACCGAGUCUCGAUAUUCCCCCCAGCCCCCUGUUCUCGCCCCCUUGUACUUUUUAUUAUAAUUCUAUCUGCUACAUAUAACUAUAGAUUGUCCAGAACGAUUCCAAUGAAACUGUUAUCAGACGAUAGAUGUCGCUGUUAGGAGAUAUUAGAACUGCUAGUGUCUACCUACUAUAUAAUACAGUGGGUAUUUGCAAUGAAUUAUCAACGAAUUGUUGAUAAUUAUAUUUAAUCAUUAUUUCUUAAACGCUUAUCCGAAUUUCGCUUUUGUUCCGCUAAGGAAUAAAGUAUUAUUUCCGUCAGCAUUUUGUAUAUUGUACUACCAUUUAACUUGAAGGGCAUAAUAUCUAAAAUUCUACUAUGAAUAGUAGUUUUUUAUAUCUUUCAAAUAUUGUUACUUUAGUGAUCAGUUAUAAUUAAAACAGAAAUAAUUGUAUUUAAAUAUGGUGUUAUACUUUAGAGACAUAAUACUGCCGUAGUACUCAGGAAUGGCAAAGCAUGAGAGGUACUGCUCAUGUCUAUAAGCGACGGUUACCACUCGCCAUGAGGUGGGCCGUCAGCUUGUUUGCACUUUCUAAGUUGGAAACUCUCACAAUGCCAUAUGACUGUACACAUGUAUGCAUGGUACACACAUACGGAUCGUGUACAUUCGAUACACACUCACUUAGGUUAUUGGGUAUAGGAUCAGUGUUUCCCAACCUUUUUUUUGUGCCGUGCCCCACUUGAACAUUUCUAAAAUAUUUAUGCCCCCAUACAUAAUUUUCCCCGACAAAGUUUACUUGACGACUCUAAUCGCCCAGUUGAUAUUUUGGUAACGUCAAACGAAAUUAUACCUAGUAAAUAUUUACAGCAUUUUUUUUAAAUUUUUUUUUGUUAAAUUUGUCACCGAUAUCUACUCGUAGCAUUGCAUUUAAACGGCUCAGACCAAGAGGGUUAAUUUUUUUUAAUUAUCAAAUUGCCCCCCUAUGGGGCGUGGGCCCCACGUUGGGAAACACCGGUACAGAUGGUACCUAUAAGGCCAGAGGUACACGCGCGGCCGUUACUGCCAACAUGUUUAUACAUUAUAAAAUAUUUUAUUGUAUUUUUAGAAUAGUUCACAUGCAUUCAGUGUUUGAAUUCCGGCCUUGGUAUUUUUUUUUUUAUUUUUUAUUAUAGAUUUAUUUAGGUGUUUAGAUACAGGUUGAAACUAUAAUAUUUUUAAAAUAAAGCUCACAUCCAACAGUGAUAUACCAAUACAAGUUAUUGCUUUUAACGGCCAGUUGAACAUCUAAUGGGGAAGCUUGCGACGGUGGCGCCGUUGGGAGUAACUUUAAAAAGUCAUAAAGGCGGGAAAAUAACGUUUUUUUAUUUCCCGCCAAUUAGAGGUGGGGUAGUUUAUGAUAAACUACCUCAUUUCUUUUACGUGAUAACACAGUGGCGCCCUCAUUGGUACGAAUUAGCAGUAAGCUUCUCUAUUAUUUCAGAAUUUGUUAAAGUUAAAUAUUCGCAUGUAGUAAAAGAAAUAUGUCGAUUGUCUAUUUUAUUUAAGUUUCAAUUGAUAUCAUAAUGCCAUACAUUGAAUAAUCAUACAUCAAAAGUGAAAUGUAAAGUUUGCAAACUGGUCGUAUGUCCGUUUACUGCAUUGGCGCGGUGUUUGUUCACCACAGUUUACAAGCGCUGCGUUAUAUAUAAUCUAUGUACUGAUAACUUCCUAUAGAUUAGUAUUAGUUUACAUAUGUACGGAACUGUAUGUAGGGACACGCACCGGAACAAACGACAGAAUGAAAAGACAAACAAGAAAUAUACUGAUUUGCAAAAUUA